AUGAUUUCUGCAAUAGUUUCAGUAUCUCUUCUGGCUAUUGCAUCUUUGUUGCCCAAUGUCUACGCUAGUUCAAUGCCUCGCGAUAUUGAACUGGAAGCCAGGAACGUGGCUGAAAGUUAUCAAUUGAUUGCCUCGUCCCCGCUCCUGGAAGAGCUUGACAAAAUCAUUGCCGCGAACCCGCAAGGACGGAGCCUCGUAAACAUAACGGCUAGGAGGGUUAAAGAACUUGAAAGAAGCAUCCUGGCAAACCGACAAAUGCCACCAAGAAAUCGCCCAUUCAGAUCCCACGGCCGCGUUCAUGAAGGCGCUCAUCAGGGCUACCUGGAGUGCAGUAACCCUGUGGGCUGUGGUCCCAAUGCCCCUGCCUGGGUUCAAGACACACUUGUUUCAAUCACAUCAGCAAAGGUGACCACAAAUCAGGUUGCAAGUCCUGCUCAAGUCAACUCAGACCAUAAGCAGACAACGACACUGGCAGUUGGGACAUUGCAUGCAGUCGCUAAGGGCUCCACAACAGGCUGGAAUAUUGCAGCUUCACUGAACAUCAAGGGUGCGCAGGUUGGCUUUUCAUAUACAAACCAAAAGUCAGAAACGGUCACCCUUACCACAACGAGGACAGAUACUGGGACUUGUGGACCAAGGAGGAGGUGCCAAUGGGUAACCUCCACUUUCAAAGCCAAAGUUAAAGGAAAAUGCUUUAUGACUGCGGUUUCGGAGUGCAACAGGGGGAAAAGAGAUAUGUGUGGGAGAGAUAGGAACCGAUUCUUCAGAGGAUGCCUCCGACAGGCCACCGCCUCCAGGAGGGGUUGCAAGGACCCCGUCGGACAACGACGAUUAUUUGAUUGCGAGCUCGACUACCCGCUACUUGAUGAUAAGGGAAAACCGCUUUAUGAAAUCAAUUGGAAGACCGAGUCAAUUGACAAGUGA